AGCAGGCAGAAAGGAAGAUGGAGAUGAAGCUGUCUUUGUAGACUGUCUGGUGGCAGGAAUCUUUGUCACCUUGGAUUCUGGGAGUUAUUUUGGGUAGGAGCAAGCAGUUUAGAUGGAAAGGAUUCUUCUGUAAUUUUGGUUUUUUUUAAGAGUUAUCCAUUUUACCCUUAGAACUUCUUAGAUGUAUACUUCCUGUGGCACUUUUUACAUAGUGUGUUUAUUGUGUGGUUGUAAAAACAGUGUUUCCCAUUGCUUGUCUGGAAUGCUAAAACUCACUUUGAGGCCACAUAGCAAUGGUAACAGAUACCUGGAAAAUGGAAAUGGAGGGUCUCUGAACAUCAGGGAAGGCAUUUCUUAAAUGUUUCUAUUUUUAAAAAUAAUGCAGUUUUUGUAUCUGAACAUGUGGAUAACCUAUAUCUAUCUGCCUGUGCUAGUUAGGGUCACCACCUAUUAUUAACAGCAGUCUCGAGGACUAUGUGAACCAUCGAGUGACACUUUUUUUUCUUGUGGUACUGGCAUUUGAACUCAGGGCCUCACACUUGCUAGGCAGGUGCUGUUACUGCCGCUUGAGCCACUCCGCCAGUCCUGAGUGACACUUUUCAGACAAAGGAAGCAUUUCAGCAAGCCUGCAGUGAAAACUGAAUUAAGUGUGUUGUGGAAUCCAGGAGGAGCCAGGGGCCACAUGUUUUACUGUUGUCCCUGAGUAUGAAGGGUGAAUUCCCUAUUGGAGUCUGUUUCUCACACUGUACUGCAUUGGGCUCCGAACAUGGUAGUUUAGAUUCUGAUCAGCUUCUGGUAUCCUAAAUAAUUCCAGAGAGCUUUAAAACCUAUCUUGUUUCCUCCUUUCUUGGACCCACCUAUGAUGGAUUUCCUGUUGUCUGUGUUACUUGGGUAAUUCUUACAGUUCUUUGGGAAGGGCUCAAGAGAUCUGGUUAUGGUUUAGCCUUCUAUCUUAGAGGUUGAUGGUUUGUCUGGGUUGUAGCUCACCCUGGUUUGAUUUAACAGGUAUGUUAACAGUGACAAGUGUGCGAGAGGUCUCAGUAGUGUUGUUCUGGGUCAGAUAAUAUGCUAAAUAUUAAGAAGGUGCAAGGAGGUUAUUAUGCACUAGGGAGACAGAGGAAAAGUCUCUGAUCAAGAACUUUAUAAAAUCAUUUGUGUCUUUAGAAAGGGGAGGAAGCACUUUCCCACAUGUACUCUAAGCUGAAAAGCACUUUUAGGACUGUGUGAUCUUGGAGAGGCACCGUGUGCUGCCCUGAGAUCAAGAGACGAGGCUGUUGUUCCUGGCCAGCACCUGGACACAAACUGCUUAUCCUGCAGACUGGCCCGCUGGACAGUUCAGAGGGCUUCUCCAAUUAAAGUGAUCCCUUACCUGAGUGAAGCUGAAGCACUUUCAUUCUGAGCUGCUUUGCUCCUCCCAGUGACCUCUGCCUCACAUGUCAUUGAGGCUUGGAGAGGCAAUCCAAGGCCACCUUAGGAGGAGAGGAUUGAAGCUGGGACAGAGAGACGUGCUUUCCUUCAGCAGCAGUUCCUUCUGCCCACCUGACAUCUCCAUAAACCUGGCUUCUUGCACUGGCCAGUGCAGGAGAGGUUGUGAUUUAUGCUGAAAUGGGAAGGUACUGCUCAGUGCAGACCAGGAAGUGACAUGAAAAGCCAUCUCUGGCACGGGAGUCUUCCGGAUUUCUGGCCUCAUCUAAGUGAGUGUCAUAAAGGAGGAAAUACUGAGCAGGAUUUGCCAUCUUGGGAUCCCAUGGCUGUUUUUACUGGGCUCCAGGGCUCUUUCACCCUUGUAAGCAGAGCUGUCAGCCAGCGCUGUUUCAGCACCACUGAGCGCCUCAGUGCAAUUCAGAAGAUGACUCGUGUGCGUGUGGUGGACAACAGUGCCCUGGGGACCACCCCCUACCAUCGCCCUCCUCGGUGCAUCCACGUCUACAACAAGAAUGGGGUGGGCAAGGUGGGUGACCGCAUACUUCUGGCCAUCAAGGGACAGAAGAAGAAGGCACUCAUUGUGGGGCAUCGCAUGCCUGGCCCCCGAAUGACCCCCAGGUUUGACUCCAACAAUGUGGUCCUCAUUGAGGACAACGGAAACCCUGUGGGGACCCGAAUUAAAAUCCCCAUCCCCACCAGCCUGCGCCAGAAGGAAGGCGAGUAUUCCAAGGUGCUGGCCAUUGCUCAGAACUUUGUGUGAGCAGAGCCCAGGCCUCCAGCUGCAGGACUCACGAAUGGAACAGUUCUGAGAAUAGCAUCUUUGCUGAGAGGGAGCUGGGGGGCCAUGUGGCUGCUCCCGUCACACUGAAUGUCAUUGUCCUGUGACAGAAUAAACAGUUCAUGUAUGUUUUCCUCCUGUGCUUUCUGGGAUAUGGUCGUGAGGUAAGUGCCACUGAAGCAGUUAAAAGGUGGCAAGCCGAGUGUGACCACAUGCAGUGAUAGUCACGUGAGCAGCUUUGGUGCUGGUCUCUCGGGGCCCUUGCUCUUCUGAUUUGGACCUUGAACGUGAGUUCACCUGGGAUUGUCAGGCUCUAGGAAACUGGGAUAUAGAUCAAGUAACAAUUUAUUAAUGUACCAUGGAAUCUGUCACUUUCUUACCAGAAGAGUUUUGUUUUCUUUUCCCAUCCCCAUUGUCCUAUUCUUGAUUUACAGACUUGAGAUGUUCUACAGUUGUGAGGAUUGCUGGUUUAUCAUGGAGUAGGAGCAGUGCUGCGUUUCCUAUAGGCCGGCCCCACUUGCUGUGCUCAGGAGUGUCUGUCAACACUCCUGUGCCCAGUGGCACAGAGCCUCCCCCUGCACUUCUGGAGAAAUGGACAAGUCCUUCUAUUUUGCAAAUGGCCAUCCUGGGCCUAUACAG